CAGGUUUGAUCUUGGAGAGAUCGAUGAAGAAGUAGACGCAGGCAAUGGCCCGCGGGAUGGGCUUCCGGCAGAAGUAGGUGGGAGGAAAGGGCAAAAGGGACCCGAUUUGAGGAGCCUACACCUGCUGUUACCACUCGGUGUUAUCCAUUUAGACUUCGCUGGUGAUUUUCUCAGCAGAGGUCCUCCUUCACUGGAAUUACCUGGAGGAAACUCACUGCUGACUAGCCCUUCGAGCUGCCUGGAGGAAGUGCUCCCUGUGGGAAAGUCUUAUUCAAAGGUGCACCCCAAGGCCCCCAACGCAGCUCGCCGCCUGUGUACUGGGGAGGGAAGAGGAGAAAAAGGAGGAGCCAGUUGAUUUGGUUGCCGGCCAGCUCCCUCCUUCUUACAGUAGAGAGAUAUAUGAACCCAAGAAGAAAGUCUCACUCAGCAUCUGCCCCUGGACAGGUGAGCGCAUUCCCAGCCGCCUUCUCCCCCUCCUCCUCAUCUUCCUCCAGCCAUGGUUCUUGGGGGCUCCUGGCGUUUCUUGGUCUGGACGGCCCUGGGAACCUGGAUUGUCCCCCGGGCCGCUGCCUUGGGCACCGGGGCACCCCUGUCUACCUGUGAAGAUAUGCAGCCAGUGCAUAACAAUACGCUGCCCCAGUCCACUCCGUCCCCCUUCCGGAUCGAGUUCCUGGAGACCUUCUACACGCCGGGGAAGUCCAUCCAUGUUAAGAUCGUGGGUCCUUGGUACAAGGGAUUGCUGUUGCUGGCACAAGCAGAAAACUCCUCUACUGCCCUGGGCACCUGGCAAGACCCGCCCCCAGGCACCAGGUUUCUAGAGUGCUCUGAAAAUUCCCACGGCGCAAUAACUCAUUCCAACACGGAGCUCAAAACCUCCUCCACAACCUAUUCCUGGUUAUACACUGGAUCCGAGUGCCCGGCCAACGUGACAUUUGUGGCGACUGUGGCCCAGAGACGUUCCAUCUACUGGCUCAGGAUAAAAUCCAGAUACCUUCCAAAAGAUCCUGAUGCCACUUGUGGUGCCAAGAUGUUCAGCUGGAGGGUCACUGUCUUUACAGUUCUACCUGUACAUUGGAUAAUUUCAUUUGCCUACUUUCAGUGACAUUUAGUUGUCACAAUGAGUUAUAUGAAUGAAGUGGUACCUACUGCUGCUUUACUCCAGAAGAAUUAUUAACAUGUAAGAAUCCAGUCGGCUAGGUAUUCAACCAUAUUGUUCCAGAAGAUCCUGCCACCGCUAGCAUUACCUUCAAAUAUAAAGGGCCCAUAGAAUCAGACGCACUGUUCAGAAUAUAAAGACCCUUAUUUUCAAGGAAUUUAUGUGCUGUGAACCAUCCACGUCUCCCCUGCUUACAAAUAUGAUGUUCUUAAAGGAAAACACUAAAGUGACCGACAAAGGUAGUAUUUUAGAUCUUGAAAUAAUCAUCACUCCACUUCUCAUUUUCCCCCCUAGAAAUAAUCCCUCAUUUUUAAUAAGGUUGCAGGGAAAUGAGUUUGACCGUGUUUUUACUUGUAGCUCUCACAAGGUAAUUUGAAUUAUAAUGUGAUGAGUGGUACAGCUUCUUUAGAAGAGUAAUCAAAUCAGGAUUAGUUUUGUUGUAGCUUCUCCGAACACUUUUCAAGACACCUUGAUUUUUACCUGUGAUUUCAUCUUGGAAAUGACUCCCUAAUUCUUCUCAGUUUUCUAGCUACACUCAGUGCUCUACUUAGUGGAUUCUCCCUAUGGUAUUUAAGGAUUGAAAAGUGGGGAGGGAAAAAAAAGACUUGUCUAGGUCUGUGGUUUUGUUUUUAUUUAAGGAGUACUGUACAAUGCACUGGGUUGACUUUGGACAAACAUGUGGUUGUGCAGAACUCA